AUGUCGUACACUUUGGAAGAUAAAGUUAUUUUGAUAACCGGAGCAGCAACAGGAAUAGGCUCCUGGGUCGUGAAGAUGGCUGUUGAAGAAGGCGCAAAGGAUGAUUUAUACUACUCAAGAACUGGAGUUCGUUUCCUUACCAUAUGCUUUGGACCAACAAAAACUCCUUUGAUGACUAAAGAGAAAAUGGGAAGUUUUGACGCUAACGUAGAAGCGGCACUUGUAGAUAGUUUGAACGUGGUGAAAUUUCAAAGCCCUGAAUUCGCAGCUCGCGGUCUUGUGAACGCAUACAAAAAUGGUUCAAGCGGCAGUGUAUGGAUAAUAGCUGGCGAAAAACCAAACGUCGACGUGACGGACCUAUACAACAGGGGUUAUGAUGUGUACAACGAUCAUAUAUACAAU